AUGAUUCCUUACCAAAAAAAAAAAAUUUCAAAACGACCACGAGAAUUAUUUGAUAGAUCAAACCUAUUGUUUAGACUUGUAUUUGAAGGAGAAGAUGUUUUUAUUCCUAAAGCGUUUCAAAAAAAAGCAUUCGCUGAUACACUUGUAAAAAGACUGGGAGUGGUGGCAGUAAAUUUUGAAGUGACUGGAGAUAACUUUAUCAAAUGUGCGCGGAAAAUCGAAGAAUUAUCAAAAAGUGACAACCCCCCAAGAAAUUUGAUAUACAGAGCAAGGAAAACGGUGAAUUAUUUAUACGAUCAUUUUGAAGAGCUUUGGCUAGCAGACAGUCAAUGGGAAACAUUAUCAUCAAUCGAUUUUAUACCUUGUGAACCUCCGAGAGCACCUUAUGAUUGUGUAAUAUAUGAACAAAAACCAUUCUAUUCGUUUAAGGCACUUCAUUUACCAAUCUACAAAAACCUCAUUUGGACACAGGCACCUAUAUACUCGUACAAUGUCAUGCCAAACCAUUCCUUUCUAACUAAAUUCACAUCACUCAGAAACAUCGAAUUUCAUAUGGUAUUAGAUCAUCUAUAUGGAAUAAUUGACACUAUUGUCAAAGCUAAUUUGGCAUCGUGGAAAUCGACCAAAGCAACAAGAAAAUUAAAAAAGAUUAUUUCUGAAAUCUACGAGUAUUUGGAUAAGAUGAACUAUCGUGAAUAUUUAAGUAAAAGAUUAAAAGAAAAUCCAUAUAUAUUUUUGAAUGGGGCUGAUCCUUUUAUACAGGAAGAUUGGAUGUGUGCAAAACAUCUUGUCUUGAAUAUAAGCGAAGAUAUCAGCCCAAAUAAAAUGGCAGUAAGCCCUGAAUUAUCUCAUUUUAAAAGAUUGCUAUUAAUUUCAGGAGCAUUAGAGAUGAAAAAUAUACCUGUAAACAUAGAAUUGAUACCUCAUUCUCAGAAAGAACAUAUUGCCACUUCAUUGAACAGGUUUUUAAAAGAAAAAGGAAAAGGAGUUUCUAAACUUUACAAGAAUUAUCAUGGACAGGACGACAUGCAAAAACCUCAUGACAUUUACUUUAAUGUACGUGGUAAGAAGAUAGGAGCCAAUCGUUACAAGCUGGCAGCUUCUUCAAAUUAUUUUGAGGUGAUGUUUCUUGCAGGCACUAAAGAAUCGAAUCCUGAUGAAGUUAUUCAUGUGGAAGUGGAUGAUAUAGAUCCUAAUUCAUUUCUAGUGCUUCUUGAAUGGUUAUAUGAAAAAUAUUUAAUCAAAGAGCUUAAAUGUGAAGUUGAAUAUAAGAUUGUAAACGAUGGGCUUGUACUGCCACAGAAUGUGAUCGAAUUGAAAGAAUGGGCAAAGAUGUUUUCAGCUGGACAGCUUUAUGAUUAUUGUAAUCAAUUUGUAAUAGUAAAUUGUGAGUUACUGUAUGAACAAAGACAAGCUGAACUAAUUGAAGUAGUAGAAGAGGAAGAGCGUAUGGAGGAAAUUGAAUUUUUGGAAGAAGAAUUAGGCAAUAUGGUUCGUUAUAUACGUAAAACUAAAGAACCAAUGAGUAUGGAUAUCUUUGGUGCAUGGGGACCUCCUGAUGACAACGAUGCAAAUGUUGAACAAAAAAAGAAAAGAAUCUUUAAAAAGUUUUCAUAUCGUGGCGUUGAUUUGGACCAAUUGUUGGAUCUGUCUUCUGAACAAUUAAUGGACUUGGUUCACGCAAGAGCAAGAAGAAGAUUUCAACGUGGUUUAAAACGCAAACCAAUGGGAUUAAUAAAGAAAUUACGUAAAGCAAAAAAAGAGGCACCACCAGAUGAUAAACCUAAUGUUGUAAAAACUCAUUUACGUGAUAUGAUUAUUGUGCCUGAAAUGAUUGGAUCUAUCAUUGGUGUUUAUAACGGGAAAACGUUCAAUCAAGUUGAAAUUAAGCCGGAAAUGAUUGGGCAUUAUCUUGGUGAAUUUUCAGUCACUUAUAAACCUGUUAAACAUGGUCGUCCUGGUAUUGGUGCAACCCAUUCUUCAAGAUUUAUUCCUUUAAAAUAA